ACACGGAGGCCAUCAGCGACGACGACGAGGACGACGCCGGCGACCUGCUGGACAUCGACCUACCGGACGCCGACGUGCAGACGGACGCCGCCGAGCUGCUGAUGCUGGGCAUCUGCCAGGAGGACGUGGCCGUGCAGCAGCUUCCGGCCACCCGGCCACCGCCCUAGUCCAGGUGACCAUGAACAAUAAGCAUGCCCGGCAGUUACUGCAUCUUGCCGUAAGCGGAACACCCGAAUAAACGCUGUCUUGAGCCCUCGCCAGCGUGAGUAUUUCAAAACUAUUCGGUUAAAAUUGCAACGCUUAGCAUUAACAUCAGCGCUUGAAUUUCUUUUCACUAAUGGUAACAUAAUUUUACGAGGAAUGAAGUACAAUGAUGAACAAGCUAUAAACACAGGCGACACAGUCUCAGCGAGUGAUGAGCAGUGCAUGCAGUUGUUGCAUUAUUAUUUUCGCGUAUCCGGCGGCGGCCUCUGGUAUUUUUCUUUUCGCUUCUGCUAGAAACUUUCCAGUUAGUACCCAUGACACAAGCACACGCGCAGUGUACAAAGCAGAGGUUCUGUUUCCGGCACUCGGGCGAGAUAGCCCGGGUCAUGCGCGUGUUGUCGGGCUGGCCGCCGUGGCACGUAUGUAUGUGGCGGGCCUUCCCCGUUACAUUGAGCACGGUGGUCAGAGGAUUGAUCUAGUGACCCAGAGCGAGGCAGUGUCCUCCCGGAUAAAACAACGGACCGGAGGGUCGGUUUGAAGACGAACCAUGCCCGUGAACGUCCUGCCGCGGGUGCUGGUUGGUGCAGCGCAGUCCCGCGACAGCAGUCAGCAAUUGACUCCACAGUUGCUGCCGUCUCCUGGGAAGGGAGCUGGUCGAGGAAAAGCCCACCGUGUUGCGGCCGAAACCAAAGGCCCGCCACCUACAUUGGCACGCGCAUUAAACUACUGGUCGGCCGCCGCGGCUGGUCCGGCGUCACGUAACGUCAACGCACGCCGUCUGUUCCAGCCGGCGCGCCGUGCCGUGCCGUGCCGUGCCGUGCCGUGCCGUGCCAUGCCGUGGAGAUUGGCGUCAAGUCCCGCCCGUGCGCUGGCCCAGUGUGCAGUGACGGCUUUGUGUGGCGCUCGGGCCAGCCAGGCUGCCUUGUGGGCCGGCCCGACUGCCCGUGCGCGUGCCGCCCUUCCGCGGCGCGGGAGUGUGCGGCGGCGGGCGGCGCCUCCGACGGCGCUCGGACGCCCGGACCGGGGUGGUGCGCCGGACCCGGACCCGGGCGCGAUCCGGAUCGGAGGAGUGGUCCGGAUCCGGCCGGCGGGCCAAGGCCGCCGCAGUGAGACAGUGGACCAGCCAGUGAGCCGGGACCAGGCCAGUGGUCGGACCGCGCCGCUCUUCGUCUCUGGCCAGGCGUGCCGCCCAGCGUCGGCGUGUGACAGGCGACGGCCGUUCCGUGUACGGGAUGUUCCCAGCGGAUGUCGCUCAUUGUGUGCGCCGGUGCACUUGCAGGUGCACGUGCUCUGGUCACCAGUGCUGUGGCUUGUGUUCUCGAGUGUUCGAGUGGCGAGUGUUCUCAUGACUUUCUUUGGUGCCCGAGGACCGAGUGUGCGAGGAGCCAUGACUGCCAGCCGAAGUUUUGUUUUAACGGAUGGCAUGUAUGGGGCUGUGCAUCCGCUCUGUGUUGUGUCGAUUGGCGUUGCCAUAGUAAGGCUACUUGGAAAACGACUUUUGUCUUGUGGUUAGUUUGCAUCUUGUCAUAUGUUGGUAAAGCAAUAUACAUUUAACCUCACUACCUGGGUAUAUCUUUUUAAUUUGCAUACAUUGUGCGGUGUUCCAUGCCGCGUU